GCAGUUUGCCACCCUAUAACCGCAGUGCAUCAUGGGAGUGGGGUUCAAUCGAGAGAAACGGGUCUGGCUGGUCCCGACCGGGACUCGGGUACCCAAGGAAACCAAGCGCGCGGAGGUCGAGUGGAGUGGCGAGAAGAGUUUCCAGGGCAAAUCCUUGUUGCAUACGAUAGUUUGCUUCUUGCGUUGCUGGUAGCUGGUGGCGCAGCGGACAUCACCAUGGGUAUCUCUAGGGAUUCCACUCACAAGAGACGGGCUACGGGAGGGAAGAAGAAGUCAUGGCGCAAGAAGCGCAAGUACGAGCUUGGGAGGCAAGGUGCCAUGACCAAGUUGUCCAGCAAUAAGACCGUUAGGCGUAUCCGUGUGCGUGGUGGAAACUCCAAGUUCCGGGCGCUGCGUUUGGAUACUGGCAAUUAUUCCUGGGGUUCGGAGGCUGUUACCCGCAAAACCAGAGUAUUGGACGUGGUUUAUAAUGCUUCGAACAACGAAUUAGUUCGUACUCAGACUUUGGUGAAGAAUGCUAUUGUUCAGGUAGACGCUGCUCCGUUCCGUACCUGGUACAGCCAGCACUACGGCGUCGAAAUUGGCAAGAAGAAGAAGUCCGCUGCUAAGAAGGACUCUGAGGAUGCUGAAGCCACAGAGGAAGAGAAGAAGAGUAACCACGUUCAGAAGAAAUUAGCUAAGAGGGUGGAGGGCCACAAACUUGAUUCUCAUUUGGAGGAUCAGUUUGCUAGUGGCAGGUUGCUUGCUUGCAUCGCCUCUCGACCUGGACAGUGCGGUCGCGCCGAUGGGUACAUCUUGGAGGGCAAAGAGCUCGAAUUUUAUCAGAAGAAGAUUCAGAAGAAGAAGGGCAAGGGUGCCGCCGCUUAGAGUGAGCUGCCUCGGUUAGUCACUUGGUAGGAUCACAAUGACGUAUUAAGCAAUAGCGAGGUUAUACCAUGCGGAAGUUAUUUGAAUUCUAUUCACUGAGGUUUUCUUGUAAUGAAAAAAGUAACACAGAUUCUAUUUGUAUUUUUUGUUCA